AUGGCAAGUUGCCUCGUGCAGUCACUAGGAUUCCAGAUGAGCGGUGACUCACCACUUGCAGUUCCUGAUGAACUCUGGGUCGUUAUCUUGCUUGAAACUGAUCUUGCUUCCCUCGUAACAUGCAAGCAAGUUUGCCAACGCUUCUUACUGAUUGUAGAGAACGACGUCGGCGUCACGGUUCAGUCAAGAAGGUCUGGCAUCGCGCCUUGCCGCGUUGAGAGCUCAACAAAGAGCGUGGGGUACCUUGCUUGGUCAACGAACAGGCCUGUUGAUCUGCAAACAUCCUCUGGCGUUCGGCUCUGGAAAUUAUAUGGCGACAAUCUCUGCGUAGUUAGCAAUGACUUUGUGCAUUGCACUCGCCUAGCGUCACCGAUCAGAGGACUUGAGCAGCAUCAAUGGAAGAUUGAUCACUCCUUCGGAGCGCAUUGGGACUUCUGUGCUGAUCCAUCACAGGAUCUACUUAUUUUAGUUCAAGAAACGGAGUCAAGGCUGGCGUUCGAAAUAUACCUACUCUCCCUUUCGAACGGGCUACGCCACCUCGCUGCAGUUGAAGAAAUUCUGUACCAUGUCCCCGAGAAAUCCUGGGGUGAUAUUAGUCCUGAAUGGGACCUAUCAGUUGAAGUCUACCAAUCACACGUUGGAAUAUCUAUACAAGAAUCAAAUGGACGUCUCCCAGUAGAGUUUGCGGCGUGGAACUGGACAACUGGGAAGCUCGUCUGCCAUAUCGAGUUUGAACACUAUAAAGUCGAGUCCUUCACAUUUCUUCCCGGAGAUCUCGUCAUGUUUGGCAUGGCCGCUGUCAUUGACGAGGAGUUACACGACGCGCAUCUCGCGUUUCUGCUGAAAGAGGUUCUGUCCUUUCAGGCCUCGGAACAAGAUCACAGCGGCUUCUACGUGAACAUGCAGAUCAAGGAUCUUAAUCCGUAUGCAGCAUGUCGCCACUGGAGUAAACCCGACUCAGCGUUGAAAGCGAUAUGGAAAGGGGUUCUCAACAUAGGGAUUGACUCUUCCAACGUUGAGGGAAGACAGACAACGGUCAAAAUCCCGUGGAGGGAAGAUGACAAACCGAUGUGGAACAGCGUCAUUCAGGGGAGGAUGCAGUUGUCUUUAUAUCUUCAGGCUCAUUACGGGAUGAAAGUAGAGUUUGGAGUCAUUACUCUGGAGGAUCCGGAAAAUCCACACAAGAAUUGA